AGACGCCUGUCUGUAAUUUUUGCGGGGAAGGGUCACGUCAAAUGUAUGGCUAUUUGUACGUAACAGGUACAGGUUUGUGCGUACUUAUAUGGCGAUUGCGAUAAAUUUACAAACAAACUGACUGUACUUACAGGUAGGUUUAGUUAAAAAAUUACCUCACUGGUAGAGUAGGUUAUACCUAUAGUACUAACAUAACACUACCAACUAACAGCCAAACAUAACCGGUUAUCGAUGGACCUUAUAUAUUUGCAAUAAGGUGUAGGAAUUAUCACAUAACAGCGUGGACAAUGCAUAAAAUUUAAAUGUAUAAUACUGAAUUUCAUUUCACUUUGAAAUGAACCUUCCUUGCCAACAGUCACUCUAGGAGUGCAGUUUUAAUCAUCGAUGUCUGUAAAGUACAAUUGAUUAUUAAAAUGGCGCUUAUUUUGAAAGCUGCAGUGAGAUUAUAUUAUUAUUUAAAUGAAGAUAUUGCAGAUCCGCGAACCCAAAACUGGUUCCUAAUGAGGACGCCAUGGCCCGGGGUAGCCAUCAUCGUGCUAUACUUGGCGUCUGUGUUGUAUUGGCUGCCGGCGUUCAUGCGCUCGCGGCGCGCUUACGACCUGCGCGGCGUCAUCGCGUUAUACAACGCCGCGCAGAUCAUUAUGUGCGGCUACGUGGUUUAUAAAAGCCUCGUGUUGGGUUGGUUCAGCCACUACCGCUUGUUCUGCCAGCCGGUGGACGAGGGCCCCAACAGCGUAGAGUACGCGUGGCACGUCUGCUACGGGUAUUUCUACAUCAAGAUCAUUGAUCUGCUUGACACGGUAUUCUUCAUAUUGAGGAAGAAGCAAGAACAAGUGACGUUUCUACACGUGUACCAUCACUUCGGCGUGAUAAUGGUGGCGUGGGGCAUCACCAAGUGGGUGCCAGGCGGGCACAUGACAAUGCUGGUGACGCUCAACUCUUUCGUGCACAUGGUGAUGUACACGUACUACCUGCUGACGUCCUGGGACGACUCCUACAAGCACUCGCUGUGGUGGAAGAAACACGUCACGCAGCUGCAAAUAUUGCAGUUCACAUACCUGAUGAUCCACUUCGGUAUGUUGGCGGUGAAGCGCGAGUGCGACUACCCGCGGCCCUGCGCCUACAUCAUGUUCCCGCAGAACCUCUUCAUGGCGCUCAUGUUCGGGGACUUUUAUUAUAGGACUUAUAUUAAGAAGAAGCCCGAGCAGCAGCGGGGAAAGUCGUCUAAACCACACGAUGACUAAUUAAGAAAUUGCCUUCAUGAUUUCAUAUUAAUAAUAUAAAAAAGUAAAUGUCUCCCUGACGUCUUCCUUUUUACUUGUAAACUACAUACCUACAGAACUUAUUGUGAUGAAAUAAAACCCAGUUUUCCCGCGUA